AUGCACAGACAUGUAAUUAGUAAUUAUCAUUUUGUGUCCUAUCAGGUGGAAAUCCUUGAUUGGAAGACAAAGAAACAGCUAUGCUUCCUAGAUAAGGUGGAACCAAAUGCCACAAUUAGAGAGAUCAGACUGAUGUUCCAUAAAUUAUAUCCUCGGUGGUAUCCAGCAAGGCAGUCGAUAAAACUUGAUCCAAAAGGAAAGUCCCUGAGGGAUGAGGAAAUCCUGCAGCACCUCCCUGUUGGCACAACUGCUACUCUAUACUUUAAAGAUUUAGGGCCACAGAUAGGAUGGACUACGGUAUUUUUGAUAGAAUAUACAGGUCCAUUGUUCAUCUAUUUUCUGUUUUAUUUCCGCAUGCCUUUUGUCUAUGGACUGGAUGAGAGGUUUACAUCAAGCCCGCAUCCAGUAGUUAACUUGGCAUGUAUCUGCCAUUCUUUCCACUACAUCAAAAGGUUGAUUGAAACAGUAUUUGUUCAUCGGUUCUCCCAUGGGACUAUGCCACUGAGGAAUAUUGUGAAGAACUGCUUGUAUUACUGGGGAUUUGCAGCCUGGCUUGCUUAUUACAUCAAUCAUCCUCUUUACACUCCUCCUUCUUAUGGAAAAAAACAGAUAAAUUUUGCUGUGAUCAUGUUUCUGCUGUGUGAAGCUGGAAAUUUUUCCAUUCAUGUUGCACUCAGUGACCUCCGGAGAAAUGGAUCCAAAAUCCGUAAGAUCCCAUAUCCAACAAAGAAUCCUUUCACAUGGCUGUUUUUCUUUGUAUCUUGCCCUAACUAUACGUAUGAGGUGGGGACCUGGAUCAGUUUCACUAUCAUGACUCAGUGUGUUCCAGUGGGGCUGUUCACCUUGCUUUGCUUCAUUCAGAUGACAAUUUGGGCAAAGGAUAAACACUGCACCUACCUACGAGAAUUCAAGGAUUAUCCAAGUCUUCGAAUGCCAAUUAUUCCCUUUUUGUUGUAA